GAUCCUCAAUUCCUUAGAAUUCUCAGCUGAUUGAAGGGAUUCGAAUCGAUAAAAUCGAGCAAACCUCCUUGUUUACCAAACCCUAGAAAAGUCCCCAAAACACCUUUUCCUAACCGCAAUUUCACUUGUUCAAUCUCAUCGCCAGUUACCAAAUCUACCAUCUCCGUUCACUCAUUCAUUCUCAGCCCCAAAGAAUUUUUCUCUCUUCAAGUAGAAUUACAGUCUUCUUCAACUUGUCAAACUUCAAAUUCUCUGCGAAAUUUGGAAGAAUCUCUUGCAAAAAUAAUGAGUGGGAGAGUUGGAAGGGAUUAUCAUUCAAGAAGGGAUAAUGUGCAGCAGCAGCAUCAUCACCCGCGACACCAGAAUCAUCAUUCUUCGUCAUCGUCUCGUUUCGAGGAAAGCAAGUCUGGUCGGGGCAAGAAUCCUCCUUCUCGGCACUUAUGGGUGGGGAAUUUGUCGAACCACAUUGAUCAAUCGACUCUUACUGAUGAGUUCAUUAGGUUUGGAGACCUCGAAAACAUUGCGUAUCAUCCGGGUCGGAGCUAUGCCUUUGUCAAUUUUAUCCGAGAAGACGAUGCUAUUGCGGCUUUGAAUUCGCUUCAGGGGUUUAGUCUUGGAGGGAUGCCUCUUAGGAUUGAGUUUGCCAAGUCGGAUAAGUCAUCUGCUCCACCACGUGAUGAAUUGUACUUGCCACAUCGAGAUGAGGUGCAACCUCGAAACAAAAGUUCAGCAUUUCCACCAAGGGAAUCUAGAAAGCGUCAUGCUAGUCCUGAUGCAUACUUCCCAGAUAGUCCGAGGAUAAAUGAACGUGGCACAGACCAUCCAACCGAAAUUUUAUGGAUAGGGUUUCCAUCAUGCUUGAAAGUGGAUGAAGCGAUUUUAAGGAAGGCUUUUUCUCCAUUUGGAGAUAUUGACAAGAUAACUGCAUUUCCCGGCCGUACAUAUGCGUUUGUCCAGUUCAGGCAUCUAGCAUCAGCUUGCAGGGCUAAAGAAACUCUCCAAGGAAAGUUAUUUGGAAAUCCACGUGUGCAUAUUUCUUUUGCUAGGAAAGAGAAUGCUUCAUCUGCUGGUGGGAGGCGGAUUACGGGACCAAAUGCUCCUGCUUCUCCACAUUUUAAGUCCACUGUUCGGACUGGAUCUUCUGACCACUUACGCAGUAGGAGAAAUGUCAGAGAAUCUGAAGAUCCAAGCAUGAGGACCCCCCAUUUCCCAGACAUGGAAUAUGGAGAUCCUGAUAUUAUGAAAUUCAGUAGGUUGGAGUCCCAAUGGACUCAUACAAGUGGCUCCAAUGAAGAUAGAAGAUUCCAUGAACUUGGGCCAGACGUAGGUUCACCACAACGGCGGCGGGGAUAUUGUAGAAGUCCUUUUAGAGAUGGAAAUUCUCAAUUUAACGACUUUUCUUCUCAAAACUUCCGAAGAAAAAAUCCAUAUCCAGAAGAUCCAAGGGAGUUGCCAGAAGAUACUUAUAGCUAUCAUGGUGGAAAGAAAAUGAAAAUCGAUUCCUUUCCUCAUGAUGAGCUUCCUGAAUAUCCUUUGCAUAAUGCAGAACAGGAUAAGCAUGUCUUCCAUGGGUUUGCUCCUGAACCUCCUUUAUCAGAUGAGUCAAGGCCUCCCUUCCCAUAUAGAGAAAGACUACCGGAGAAUCCUCCAAGCUAUAAUCGAUCUUUAGGGGAUAGGCAUGACAAUUGGGGAUCAUCUCAUGCUCCUCCAACUUCGUCAUCAAAUCCAGUAGAAUGGAAAAGAAGUACAGAGUUGCAUAAGCCAGGACCAAAGGAAUGGAAAUGGGAGGGUACAAUUGCAAAGGGAGGAACUCCUGUCUGCCGAGCUCGUUGCUUUCCAGUUGGAAAAGUCAUGGAUUUCUUCUUGCCAGAGUUGCUGGAUUGCACUGCACGGACAGGGCUUGAUAUGCUUUCAAAGCAUUACUAUCAGGCUGCCUGCUCUUGGGUUGUCUUUUUCGUUCCUGCAAAUGAUGGUGAUAUGGAAUAUUAUAAUGAAUUUAUGCAUUAUCUGGGUGAGAAGCAGCGAGCUGCAGUGGCUAAGUUGGAUGAUAGGAACACUUUGUUUCUUGUUCCUCCUUCAGAUUUCUCUGAGAAUGUACUGAAAAUUCCUGGAAAGUUAAGUAUAUCUGGAGUUGUUUUAAGUUUAGAACCUUCAAGUCCGACCUUGGAAUCUGGUCCUGAAGAGUAUGCGAACAAGGGUAGAGAAGUUGUUUAUUCCCAUGUUGACACAUCAUACAGCAAAUUGCAAUCGUCAUCAGGUCCCUCUUGUAUGGCAGUCUCUUACUCGAAUCUUGAAAAUUCAGGAGUGAAUAAUGCAUCAUUACAAGGAAACAUUAAAACUUCAGCUCCAUCGCUAUUCUCAUCCUAUGGUUACCAACCUGUCCCUAUGGAUUCUACAUUGCAUGCAUAUCCUGUGUCUGAAGGAUAUAAUAAUUCGAAUUCUGGCAGUGUUAAUUACGAUGGUAGUAUCGGAUAUGAACACAAGCUUCCAUCUUUGGCUCAGGGUCUGAAAAGGCAAACUCCUAACGACAUUUAUAGAUCAUCUGGCUUCACCGGAAAUCAGCAUGAGAACCUUUCCUCGAGAUACACAACAAAUCAGGUAUCCUCUGACAUUUCACCAUCACCAUUUAGUAUGCUGCAGCAGCAGCAGCAGCAGCAGCAGCAGCAGCAAUCAACGCAAACAGAAACAUUCACUCAUACGAAUCCAGUGGGACUACAGGGGACUAUAAAUGCACAAGAUGAUGGGGAAGCUGAUCCUCAGAAACGACUGCAAGCGACUUUGCAACUUGCUGCAGCUUUGCUUCAGCAAAUCCAACAAGGGAAGGCGCCUUAGUUGUUGAUAAAUGAUAAUACACCCCUCAACUUGUUUGGAUCGCUAGCACAAUUGGAUCUUACUUUGGAGUUGAAUCAAACUAUCCCUUGGAUAAUACCAUUACGGACUAGUAUUCUAGCCUUGUCACCUUAAACUUACGAUGACGUCAUAUAUGUUAGACAAUCAACCCCUUUUGCGCAACUUACAAUUUGGGCUUUUAAUGAGUUGAGCGGGCUUCACAUCAUAACCAGCUAUUCUAGACUCAGCCCAUGAACAAGCUCAUGUGUAUUAAUAUAAACAAUAACUGUUUUCAGUCCCA